UUUUGGUUAUGUAUUUCUGCAGCUGUCCCCAGGACUGUUAUCAGUGACAGUGACUCUGUUGACAAGCAGAAACGCCUGCCUCCAUCCUUCCUGAACAAAAAAAAUCCCCACAUCUCCAGCGCCAAAUCUUCCAUAGAGAAAGGCAUUCCCAACACGCCUCAAAAUCCCAGCUGCUUGAUAACGCCGCCAGGUUUUCACGACUCAUAGUGCGCAAAGCACUCAACCAGUAACCGAAUCACUGCGCGGCACCGAUCGGAGCGCCCAGAGAGCUCAGCCAAGGACAGAGGCACUGCGCGGCACCGAUCGGAGCGCCCAGAGAGCUCAGCCAAGGACAGAGGCACUGCGCGGCACCGAUCGGAGCGCCCAGAGAGCUCAGCUGGGGACAGUCACCGCGCGGCACCCGCGCCGCUUCGGGCCUGCCCAGCUGCCUCGUUCGCUCCGCCUCCCGCAGCCCCGGGACUGAGGCGCUUACUCCAGGACCGUGAAUGCGCACCCCGGGGCCGUCCGGGGAGACGGCAGGACGGAGAGCGGCCGGGGCGCGGUCCAGAAGCACAAGGGCUACAAACAUCAAAUUGAUUUUGUUUUAAUUGCUAAGCCACAAAGACUGCAGCCAUGUCUCUGGAAGAUAUCCACAUGAACACCAAGGAUUUGCUUGAACAAAAACAAUUAGAUGCUGGAGGAUUUGGAACAAUUUCUUUAUGCUUUCACAAGAAACAUGGAUAUGUAGUAUUAAAAAAAGUGUAUACAGGACCGCAGCGCACUGAGUACAACAUUUCCCUUCUUGAAGAAGGCAGGAUUAUGCGCAGACUGCAGCAUGACCGUGUAGUAAAACUUCUGGGUGUCAUUUUGGAAGACGGAAACUACUCACUUGUGAUGGAGUAUGUGGACCGGGGGAACAUGAUGAAAGUGCUACAGAAUCUCUCACUACCUUUGUCAGUGAGAGGGCGUUUCGUGCUGGAGAUCACAGAAGGAAUGCUUUAUCUGCAUGAGCAAGGCUUUGUACACAAAGACCUAAAACCAGAAAACAUCCUUGUGGACAAAGACUUCCACAUUAAGAUUGCAGAUCUCGGAGUUGCCUCCUUUAAGAGCUGGAGCAGGCUGACCCAAGAAGAAACUCUCCGGCAGAAGCAAAUCAAAAGCACUUGCCAGAACAAUGCUGGGACUCUUUUCUAUAUGGCCCCGGAGCAUUUACGCUGUGUUAACGCAAAACCAGUGGAGAAAUCAGAUGUUUACAGCUUUGGCAUUGUGAUCUGGGCAAUUUUUGCUAACAAAGAGCCAUACGAAAAUGGUAUAAAUGAAGCCCAGAUUUGCUUUGGCAUCAUAAAUGGAAACAGACCAGACUUAAAGGAGAUCACUGAUAAAUGUCCAGUGGAAAUUAUUGACUUAAUGAAGCAAUGCUGGGAUGAAGAGUCAGAGAAACGCCCAACCUUUGCAGAAAUCAGUGAAAUAUACAAGCCAUUUUACUAUGAAAAUCUAGGAAAAAAUAUUGAAGAAGACCUGAAGAAUUUAAAAAAAAUGUGGCCUGAGUCAAAUGAACUUCUGAAUAGGAUGGAAUCCCUUCAAAUAGAUGCUGUACCAGAAGAUACCAGCACUGGUCAAGUAGAUCAGCCUAAUUCUCUACAUAGCUCUCAAGGUCCCAUGACCAGCCAGGUUAAUGAAGCCCUGUUUGCUGCCUCCCCUGAGAAUCAGCCUGUUGAGAGCUGUGAGACCUCAUUUGGACCUGCUGAUAAUCUGGAAAAAAAACUUCAGCAUGAAUACAACUACCACGCAUUUGGGAGCCGGAUGGAUAAAGCAGUUACAUCUGUUGCAUACAGCCCUGAAAUGAUAGAGGAGGAAAGGAGACGGAGAGUUUCCUGCGAUCCGUUUGCAAAGCCAUCUCCUACUUCUCAACGGAGUGAACUGUAUCCAAGAGCUGAAAAAACAGCAUCAAACACUAAUCCAUAUUUCUGGGCAAGCAUUGAUCCAAAUUUCUGGCCACGGGCAGCUGCAACAACACCAAAACGGGGAAAUGUAGAUGUUUUUUAUGGGCCAUACCCCAACAGUCUUCCAACAGGAAACCCAGAGGAUGCCUAUGGAUUGGGUUCAGCCAGUAACUUUAGCCUAAGUAAACCUCCUGUGCCAGAAUCUGGACAAAACCUGCAGUCACCGACCAACGUAAAUUGGUAUUCAAAGAAUUCAGACACAGAUACAGGUAAUAGGGAUUCCACUUCUUUCACAAGGGGAACAUUUGCAUACUAUCCUAGUGCACCCAGAGUAAGCCCAGUUCCUUAUACAGAAGAUUCAAUCAAGUACAACAUAAGUAACAGCUCUGGAAUUCAAAUUGGAUCCUACAAUCACAUGAAGAUUGAUGAGCACAAUCAGCAUGUCAGCACUUGUCCUGUUGCUAUGGAAGCAAUUUAUACACAGUAUGAAGCAAGGGGUAUAUUUGACAAUACUACUGUCCUGACACAAAAACAUUUGAAUCUAGUGAGAGAAAAUCUGGCUAAGCAGUGGAAGCACUGUGCUCGGAAACUGGGCUUUGGUGAUCCCGAGAUUGAUGAAAUUGAUCAUGACUAUGAACGAGAUGGACUAAAAGAGAAAGUUUACCAAAUGCUGCUCAAGUGGGUAAUGAGGGAAGGCUCCAAAGGUGCUACAGUUGGAAAACUUGCCAAGGCCCUCUUUGGCUGCCAAAGACUGGAUCUCCUUACUAGUUUGAUGCAAAUCCAAGAAGAAUAAGUUUACUGAGAACAGACCUUCCGGAGUUCUCCUUUUUGCACAAACUUUUGGAACAUAUUUUUUCCACCAACCAGUUCUCAGUGGUUGAGAACUCCAAUAAAUCAAAAAUAUUUGGUCUUCCAAAGGAUAAAAAAAAAAAAAAAGCAUCUUCCUUCCGAACAUAACGAUUGUCCAAAGAUGACAACAAUAAAAUGCAAGACAAAUGUCAAUUGAAGGAGAAUGUAUUACACAAAAUUUCUACAUUAUAAUCUUUAAACAUGUUGGUACUCUUCUUCAGUUCUGAACAAAUAAGUAAUAAUAUGUGAAGAUUGACCUACUCCUUGAAAAACUUGUAUAGAAACCAAAAUCAACUCUUACGUUUUGCCGGAAGUGCCAAUACUUAUCAUGCCAGUAUUGUGUGACUGGUAUAAGUCAACAAUAUUUUCAAAUCUUUUUAUAAUUUUUAUUAAAUAUAGAUGUCUAAAAUUAUGCAGAACAGCAGCAUAAAUAAAAGCAAAACCUA